GCGCGCUUUCGAAAGUCCCUUCCCUUCCCCUGGUACAUUCCGCCCGCUCCGGGCCGCGCGCCCAGCCGGUGCCCUCGAGUCCGCCCCCAGGGCCUCCUCCGGGACGCGGCGGGAGCCCCGGGGCCGCACAGCCAUGAGGAGGACCCGCGAGGAGGUGGACGCGACGCUCCAGAUCGCCAAGCUGAACGCGGCCGAGCUGCUGCCGGCCGUGCACUGCCUGGGCUUCGGCCCCGGGGCCGGCGCCGCCGCCGGCGACUUCUGCCUGCUGGAGCUGGAGCCCUCGCUGUGCCAGCAGCUGGAGGCCGGGCACAGUCUUGUGAUUCGUGGUGAUAAAGACGAGCAGGCUGUGCUGUGCAGUAAAGACAAAACGUAUGACUUGAAAAUAGCAGACACUUCCAAUAUGUUGCUUUUCAUUCCUGGUUGUAAAACUCCUGACCAGCUGAAGACGGAAGAAACACACUGUAACAUUAUUCAUACUGAGAUCUUUGGUUUUUCUAAUAAUUAUUGGGAAUUAAGAAGAUGCAGACCUAAAUUAAAGAAGCUAAAGAAGCUUUUGAUGGAAAAUGCCUACGAAGGACCUGACAGUCAAAAAGAGAAGGAUUCCAAUCAUUCAAAAUAUACAACUGAAGAUUUGCUUGAUCAAAUUCAGGCAAGUGAGGAAGAAAUAAUGGCCCAGUUACAAGUUCUAAAUGCCUGUGAGAUUGAAGGUUAUUGGAGGAUUCUUGACUUUGAUUAUGAGAUGAAACUUCUGAAUCACAUAACUCAGCUUGUGGACUCUGAAUCUUGGUCUUUUGGUAAAGUUCCUUUGAAUACGUGCCUUCAGGAACUUGGACCAUUGGAGCCAGAGGAAAUGAUUGAACACUGCCUUAAAUGUUAUGGAAAGAGAUAUGUAGAGGAAGGCGAAGUUUAUUUUGAAUUGAGUGCUGAUAAGAUAUGCCGAGCGACAGCACAGAUGCUGCUUCAGAAUGCAGUGAAAUUUAAUUUGGCCGAGUUUGAGGAAGUGUGGCAACAGAGUGUUCCUGAAGGAAUGAUCACCACGCUUGAUCAACUUAAGGGUUUAGCCUUGGUGGAUAGACAGUCAAGACCAGAAAUCAUAUUUUUGCUAAAAGUAGAUGAUCUACCUGAGGAUAAUCAAGAACGUUUUAAUAGUCUCUUCUCCCUAAGGGAAAAGUGGACAGAAGAAGACAUUGCUCCGUAUAUUCAGAGGAAUUGUAACCUGACACGCUGACAGCCGAGCUGCGGUUCCCCCUCGUCCUAACCCAUCUGCCACGUCUCCGUUAACAGCACUGCCAUGGAUCCAGUGACUCCAGCGAGAAGUCCAGUUGUCUUUUCUUCCCUCACCCCCUGGUUCAAACUAUGAGCAAAUCCUAAUGGAUCAUCCAGUACCUGCCUCUGAAUUAGUCUCCCUACUUAUACUUUUUCCUCUUCCCCUCUCCCCGUUUUUAAACUUUUUAUUUUAGAAAUCUUUAAACAUUCAGAAAUGACAAUGUAACAUAAUGAACCUUCCAUGUACUCAUCAGUCAGCUUCCAUAAUCACCUCACUGCCUCCAUUAUUUACAACUCAGAUCACAUUCUGUUUUUCCAUUCAUUAAAACCCUCCUGGGGGCUUCCCUUUAUACUUAGAAUUAAAUCACAAUUGCUUUCCAUGUUCUUUAAGGCCUUAUAUGAUCUUGCCCUGGCUCCCUUCUCCAGCUCACGUUCUUUUGUUCUUCCUUCCCUGUAUAUGUUCUAGUUAUAGCCAUCUCCUCUUUGGGGUACAGAAAAGGAAGCUAAAGUUGAGGGAGGAUAGGUAACCUAGGCAUGCACACACAGGUGGCCUAUAAUCCAGGGUCUCUGUGUGUAGACCUUCCUAUAUCACAUGGCUUGUGUUUCUAAUUUAGAGGCCAUGUAAUAGAAUGGGGCAAAAAAAAAAGUGACUCAGGAGCCAUGCAGACCGGGCAGCAAAAUUUGUUUCCAUCCUUUGCUGCCUGAGCUCGUUUCCUCAUAUCUAACGUGGGGCUAAAUAAUAAAUGACUUGUACUCUUUCUGUGAAGGCCAAACGAGAUAAUACAUGUAAUGUACCUAGUUCAAGUCAGGCUUAGCAACCACUCCCUACCCUGUCUCUCCCACAAACACAUCCUUAUGCUUGUUAGAAAGAAUGCUUUUGAUGAGAGAGAGAGAAAAAUAACUAGCAUUGCAAAUAUUAUGUUAUGUUCCCUAAUAUAUUCAUGCUAUUUACUUAUUUUUUUUAUUGUUC